AUGCAUUUAAAUAAAUCUCCAUAUUAUGAGCAAAAUGGUAACCAUAUAAAUUUUGUGGAUAAUUUUGUUUCGAAUUUGUUUGAAAAUACUUUCACUAAACCCUCAAAAAGUUGUGAACUUAUUACUAUAAAUAAAUCUAAUAAGACAAUAAAUGAUAAAAUAAAAAUUGAAAAAAACGAUGUUAUAAAUAGUGAUAUAAUUAGAAAAAUAAAUGUCAAAAAGCUUGAGCCAUAUAAUAAUACUAAUAUUUUGAGCAAACCAUUUGAAGAAAGUUUCACCCCCAAAAGAAAAAUAAAGUCUUCAUUAAAAUUUAAAAAUAUAUUGAGCAAUUAUUACAAUAUAUUAAAUGAGGAUAAAAAAAAAGAAAAAAGAAAUGAUUUAAAAUUUGGACAUAAAUAUAAAUCUGGUGUUGUAUUAUCAAAACAAUCCCAUAACAUUGAAAAUGUUGAAGAAGAAAGGAUAUUAAAAAAAAUAAAAAACAUUAAUAAUAAUAAAAAUUUUAAUUUAUUCAAUUUUUUUAAAAAGAUAAAGAAAGUUUCUGAAACAAUUUUAAAAACAAACCAAAUAUGUCAUAGUAAUUCAAAUUAUGAAGAGGAAAAAACACAGUCCGAAUGUAUAGAAUAUAUCUCAACCAAAUUAUACUGUAAUCAAAAUGAGAACAAAUUUUUUUAUGAUGAUAUUAUUAUUUGUAAUGUAAAAAAUAAAAGAAAAAAUGUUAGACUUUUAGGAUAUGAGAAAAGAAAACUAAAUAUAUCUGGUAAAAAAAAUAGUCUUUUUUUGUAUCCCUAUAAUCAAAUUAAUAUUACCCCUUCUAAAAUUAUUAAUCUUCAAAAUAAAUGUGUCUAUACAAUUCCUCUUUCAUAUGUAAACUAUUCAUACAUAUCAAAUAUAAGUAUAACUAGCUAUUUCAAAAAUAGUUGUAAAAAUGCAAAACUGCAUAACUUAUGUCGAAACUUCGUAAAGUCUAACAAUGUUAUAAAAAACCACAUAAAAAAAAGAUUGAAAUUUAAUAAGGUGAAAAAUUAUUAUAGCAAAGACAAUAUUGAUGAAAAGGAUUUCCCUCAAAAAAAUGACGCCAGUAAUAUAAAAAAUGUUUGUGAAUAUCGUAAAUAUGAAAUACCACAAAUGAAAAACAUAGCAAACAAUGUUUAUUCAUUUCAAAGUUAUUUUGUAAAUAAUUGCUUUAAUGAAAAGAAUAAAAAAUUUCAAAUUUUAGAAAAAAAAUGUAACCCAAAUAUAGUGAUAAUAAAACAUGAUAAUAAAAAUAGAAAGCCAAAAAUAUAUUGGGUACAACGUACAUUUUUUAAGGGAUGGGAAAAAAAAAAUUAUAAUAAAAUUCAAAAAUACGAACAAAAUAUUAGACUGUGUUGUAUAUCUGGAUUACGAGAAAAAUGUAGAAAUGGAAUAAUUUAUCAAAUUGUUAAAAAUAAAUGUACUUAUACAAUUGAAGAAAUAAAUCGAGGAAGGAUGAAAAUGGAUAUGUUUGAAAAAGUAACCCAUAAUAAUAUCAGGAAAGAAAGACAAAACAUGUCUAAUAUUCAAAAAAAUAUGCAAAUAUUUCAUCAUGAAAUAACAAUUGAUAAUACAGAUAAAGACAUAAACCAAUAUAUUUCUGAUAAAAACGGCUAUAAACAAAAAAAUGAGCAUCCGCUUGUCAUUGCGAAAGACAAAUUUAAAUAUGGUAAACCAAAUAACAAACAACAAAACAUCGAUUUUAAUGAAUUAAAUAAUGCGUCUACCUAUUCAGGAAACCAAAUAAUGUAUUAUUACUCUAAGAAAAAUGAUACUCAUUUAAAUUAUAUAAUAAAAAAUAAUAAUGCACAGAAUCAAAUUUCUAGUAGGGAUUGUCGGAUAUUUGAAAACGGACAAAAAUGUAAUGAAAUAUUAGAAUAUAAUGAUAAGGAAAUAAAAAAAGUAAAUAAUUAUUCACAUAACGAAUUUAAAAAAAAAAAAUAUUUAAUUGAAUGGUAUCCUGGUUUUAAUGUUCCAAUAGGAACAUAUGGGAGAGCAAUAUUAAGAAAAGCUUUACAUCAAAAAAGAAUGACUAAUAUUAAAAAAUGUGAUGAACUUUUAUCAUCAAAUAAUUUAUUUCCAACAUCUAGAUCCACUUUUGGAGACAUGAAAAUAAGAGAUCUAUAUAGAGCUGCCUAUAUAUUAGAUGUAUGGGAUAUAGCGGAAAAAUAUUGUUUAUUAGCAUGUGAGAGAAAUGGAUAUAAAAGAGAAUGGAUUAGUAUGUUAAAACAAAACAAUAAAAAAAUCACCAUUAAAGCGCUUAAAGAGAUUAGAAAUAAGCAUAUAGCCAAAAAUAAACAAAGUAAAUCUUUAAACCGAAAAAUGGAAAAAGAAAGGAAAACUAAUGAACAGGGAAAUAGUAAAAAUGUGAAACUGAAAGAAUCUUAUCAUAUUUACAACAGUCUAACACAUACAAAUAAUCUAUUGAUGACCAAAAAAGAAAACAUUGAUAGUGUCAUUUCCAAUUAUAUUUGUAUGCCAAAUAAUAUAGACAAUAAAAUGAAUAAAGUUAAAAACUUUCCUGUUCAAUUUUCAAGAGAAAAUAAAUGUAGUACAAGUUACAAAAUGGAUAUAAUAAAAAGUCAAUAUAUAAAACAGAAUAUCAUGGAAAAUGAAAAAAAAAAUAAUUUAAUAUCUGUUGUAUGCUCUUCAAAUAUACAAGAAGGGAAAAAGACAGAAAAUAAUCAUCAAAGUAUUAUUACCAACUCUUCUGUUUUAUUGUCACAAAAAAUUGAACAAAUUAAUAACAACUUUAAUAUGGAUAUUCAUAAAAGAAAUAAUGAAGACAUAAAAAAGGAUUAUCAAAUUUCUAAGAAUUUUAUUAAUAUCUUACCAAAUAAAAUUAAUCAUAAAAAAAAUAACCAUAUGAUGGAUAAUCAAUUUAUAACUCUUGUAAUGCAAAAUAAAGUAUGUCAAAUAAAUUACAAUGCAGAUAUAAAUAGUCUAAAUACGAAAAACAUUUACUCUCAAAAAUAUCAAAAGAAAUGUAUACAGAAGGAUGAACUAAAAAAUGUUGAUCCUAGGAUUAUACCAUCAAAUAUAAUUUAUGAUAAAAAUCACAGAUAUUAUUAUUAUUAUAUGAAUGGCACUGAAUGUGAAAGUUAUGGCAUGAAACAAUUGAUAUAUCAAGCAAAGACACAAAUUAACAAAUAUGGCAUUCAUGAUAAUUGUAAAAUGCGUUCAGAAAAUUUUAAUUCGGCAUUUAAUAUGCCACCACCUUUUAGUUCCCCAAAUAAUGAUUGUUAUACUUCAGUUCAGGCAUAUGCUAAAAUAGCAAACCCUUUUAAAAACAUGAAUCCAAAUAUAUGUAAUACUAUAAAUGAUCGAAAUAAUCAUAAUCAAACUGAAUUUCAGAUAAAUGCAUAUAAUACCAAAAGUUGCAAUGACCAAAAUAAUAUUGUGUACCAUAAAACCUGGAAAGAAUAUUUUAAUACGGAUAUACAAAGUAAGUACAUAUGA